AUGACACAACCAAAGAAAAAGAAGAACUUUAUAAUUAUCACAUCACGUAGUUUUAAUAAUAAUAAUGAAACAUCUCCUGCCUCUGAAAGUGAGCACCCUCAAACUUCAAAUAUUGAAACAAUACCUUCAAAUAUUGAAACAAUACCUUCAAAUAUUGAAACAAUACCUUCUAAUAUCGUACCUUACGCCACAACCUCAAGCGAUUACGUGCCCAACUUAGAAAGUCGUGUUCAACAUUUAGAAGAAUGUAUUCAACAAUUGGAAGAUGAAUUGAAACGUUCUCAACAAUCACAAGGUCGUACUCAGCAAUUGGAAAAUGAAUUGAAGAGUGUUCAACAACUAAAAGAGCAAUUGGAAAGUCAGUUGAAAUGCAUUCAACAAAUAAAGGAGCAUUUUGAAUAUGAGUUGAAAUAUGCUCAACAAUUAAAAGAGCAGUUGGAAUAUGAAUUGAGAUACGCUCAGCAAUUAGAAGUUCGUGUUCAGCUAUUGGAAAAUGGUGUUUACUGGUUAAAAAAUGUUACUCGGAAUUUUUUGACAAAUUUAUUAUCUGAUGUUUCUGUUUUUGUACAAAAUUUUCUUCAACCAUGA